AUGCCCUUCUCCCACCACAGCCAUUCGGGCCAGUUCUGCCCCGGCCAUGCUAAAGACUCCCUGGAGGAGGUGAUUCAGCUGGCCAUCUCUAAGAAAUUCCAAGUCUUCUGCUUGACCGAGCACAUGCCCCGAGGGUCAGAAGACUAUUACCCGGAAGAGGUCGAUGCCAACACCACCAUGGCUGGCAUGAUUGCCAACGAGGCGGCAUAUUUUCAAGAGGCGCUACGACUCCGGGAGAAAUACGCCGAUCAAAUCAAGAUUCUGAUCGGAUUCGAAUGCGAUUGGAUCCGGCCGGAGUCGCGCACUCUCAUCGAAGAGUCCCUCAGCCGACAUCCGUUCGAGUUCUUCAUGGGCUCGGUGCAUCAUACGUUGACCGUCCCCAUCGAUUACGAUCGGGCGAUGUACGAGAAAGCGCGGGGGCUGGCGGGAGGGACGGACGAACGUCUAUUCGAGGCGUAUUUCGACGAACAGCUGGAUAUGCUGCAGCAACUGAAGCCGCUAGUGGUGGGUCAUUUCGACCUGAUCCGCUUGAAGAGCGACGACCCAAACGGCAGCUUCCAGCAGUGGCCCGGCGUGUGGCAGCGGAUUCUACGGAAUUUGGACUUUGUAGCUUCUUACAGUGGCAUCUUGGAACUCAACUCGGCGGCUCUGCGCAAGGGCAUGAACGAGCCGUAUCCGAAGAGGGAGAUUUGUAAAGAGUUCCUCGCUCGGGGAGGGCGUUUCUGCCUGUCGGAUGACAGCCAUGGGUUGGAUCAAGUCGGACUGAACUUCCACCGGGUGCUGGCGUUUGCAGAGGAAGUGGGCAUAUCGACCAUUCACUAUCUGGAUUUGACGGAUGGGCCUAUCGUGGAUAAACGGUUCCCUCAGACUCGGGUGCAGUCGAUUGGACUGGCGGAGCUGAAACAACAACCAUUCUGGCGAUGA